ACUUGGACCGUAUAACGUAGAAUCUCGUCAUUUAUUUCUAUCUCUUUAUAUAAUAAUAUUAUAAUUAUACGUGGUACUCGUAGACAGAGAAAUUGCUUGAAAAUGAACCUCCUGACUCGAAUGCAGUAUUAUAAAAAUUUACUGACGGUAUAGCCAGAGAGAGAGAGAGAAAGAGACAGGACAAUUAUUAGCUAUAGAUUAUGAUGUAAAUUGCAUAUUACAUAGGAUAAGACGAUGAUAACUACGGUCUGUAUAUUUACUGUAUAAGUAAAGAAACCUCUCUUGCGGUGUUAACAACAAAAGGCAGAGACAUAUGUAUGAAUAAAGAAUAAACUAAGAAAGACAUUCAUGCUAUAGAACGUACAUACGUAUCUACUAAUAAUCUAAUAUUUUUAUUUCUUAUCGUCAGUGAGAAGAUGUAACAUUUUUUUAAAGACAGAUUCCAUUGUGAUUUUACGAUCUCGUAAAGCAAAAGAUUAAUAUAUAAAAUUGAAUAAGACAUAGGAAAAAAUAAUGCAUACUCUUCCUUUAUCAUUCGGCCUGUUAACUUACGUUGGUUUUUGGCGACCAACAAAAUGGUCAUCGAAUUCUUUAAAGUAUUUCAUUUACAACGUUUAUACGACUUUCAUGGUAUUCUUGCUUUAUACAUUCGCAUUCUGUGGGUUCAUGGAUGCUCUGAUUGAUCAUGACUUGGAUAACUUACUUGAAAAGUUUUCACUCUUUAUAUCCGUCAUCGGAGUUUGUAUCAAAGUGACGAACAUUUUAAUCAAUCGAAAUAGUAUUAUUUCAGUUGCAAACAUGCUUCUAAAGGAGGUAUGCAUUCCACGUGAUUCAGAGGAGCUGGCAAUUAAACAGAAGUUUGAUAAAAAUGCCAAAACUAUCACAAUUUAUUGCGAAAUCUUGAACGAGACAACCGUCUUCUUCGCAACUGUGGCUCAAUUUGGUAAAUUCUUAGAAACUCGUACUUUACCGCUUGCCGAUUGGACACCAUACGAUCGUACCUCGAAUAUUAUGUUUUGGAUCACUUUACUUCAUCAAUCCUUUGCUCUCAUGGUGUGUGCUAACUCGAGCGUGGCUCACGAGACCAUAAUAUCCGGACUGAUGAUACAAAUUUGUGCUCAAUUGGAGAUACUCUGUCAUCGGGCAAGAACAUUGCCAACGUUUCUGCAAAAGACACAGAAAAAUUAUUCCUCUAAAGAGGACUUUAAAAAAGUCGAAAAUAAAGUUAUUGGUGAAUUGGUCGAGUAUCAUCUUUACGUUUAUAAGUUUGCUAAAAAAGUCAAUGACGUGUUCAUGCUUAUGAUAUUCAUGCAAUUUUCUAUAAGUUCUACAGUACUCUGCAUGAGCGUGUAUAAAUUAUCAACGAAAGAUGUGAUAAGCCUGGAUUUCCUGUGGACAUUUUUUUAUCUCACGUGUAUGCUCACUCAACUCUUCCUUUAUUGUUGGUUUGGUAACGAAGUUACGUUAAGGAGUAAAAAAAUUGGAGAUGCAUUUUAUGAAAUGGAUUGGAUAUCAUUAAGAAGUAAAGUAAUAAAAAAUCUUACUAUAAUAAUGGCACGAACAACGAGAGCCAUCGAAAUGAAUAGUGGCUAUAUAGUGAAACUCUCAGCAGAAUCGUUUAUGAUCAUAAUUAAAGUCUCAUAUUCUGCUUAUAAUGUUUUACAAACUUCGUCAUAAUAUACUUGUUAUAUCAACAAAUACAUAUACCGUUUGACGGUGUAGUUACGUUCCAUACUUUAAAACGUAGUGAAUAUUAUUAUUUUAUUUGUUUCAUUUUUAAUAAAAUCCACGAGAACAAAUCAUGAUAAUAAUAAUAGAAGAAGAAGAAUUAUAGUAUAAAUAUGAUGUCAACGCAGAACUGUUCAAGAUUAUCCGGAACUCGUCUAUACGUAUCGCUGGCUAUAGCUGCUUGUGCUUUUUAAUUAUUUAUAAAAUAAAAUGUCCAGAGGGCAAAAAUA